CGUGCAGCCCGGCGAUGGGUAGAGCGAGACAAUGAUGAGCGCACAUAUGCGUUUCAAACCAAUUAGCCUAGGAAGAGCCGUCGCGAGCAUCCGCGGUCUGUGUGCUCUCGCUCCGACUUUUUCCAAGAACUCUUUCGCCUUUGCAUCGAAACAAGGGCACUGUAGUCACCCGUCUCGUCGUAGAGAGCACUUUACAGGUUGCACUCGCCCGUGUGGUACUCGUGAUCGUGUCUCGCGCUCGAGAUGGAUCCUCUGGAUUCUACUCGCGAGUGACUUGAUCGCGAGGACGAUCUUGGGCUGAGAGCGCCUGGCUCUCUCCGGGCAGGUAGGAGCGAGGGUGCCGCGCGGACGAAGACGAUACUUUGGUAGCCUGAUGUCUUCGCUGGGUUGUGCUUUGCUAUUGGGAGUGACA